AUGGCUACAAUCACCGAGACUGCACCUCCAGCUGAUUCUGCAGAUGCUCAAGAGCAUUGGAACAAUUGGCCAAAUGCAAAGGGCUUCGAUCCUGAAUACGAGGAACGCACUCCCGUCGAGCUGGCAGUGACCGGAAAGAUCCCUGCAUAUGCUGCGGGUACUUUAUAUCGUACUGGACCCGGCAAAAGCGAGGUCCAAACCGAAGAAGGCCAGACAUUCCACAUCUCGCACUGGUUCGAUGGAUUCAGCCAAACACAUCGCUUCCAGAUUAUCGACUCGGGUGAAUCUGAACCGACCCGAGUCCUCUACAACUCUCGUUAUGCAACCGACGAGCUGAUUGAAUAUGUGCGGAAAACCGGGGCACUGGCCAAAUUGAGCUUUGGUCAAAAACGCGAUCCGUGCAAGACUGUUUUCAACAAGGUUCAGAGUGAACAUGUACCCCCCAGCGGGCCUUCCGGCAUGAAUAUCGGUGUUACCCUUUCGGUCAAUAUGCCUGGUCUUGAUGCCCAGGAAGAUGGAGAGCCAUCAAAACGCUGGGGAGGAUCUAAUGGCAUUCGCACCCUGUACGCAAAGACCGACUAUAAUGGGUUUAAGAAGUUGGACCCGGAGACUCUCGAGCCGAUUGGUCUUGCUACACAGGCAUCUCUUCAUCCCGAGCUGACCGGGCAGUUGGCUGCAUCUCAUGCUCGAUCGGACCCUAAGACGGGUGAUAUGUUCAACUUCAAUCUUGAACUCGGGGCAACAUGCACAUACCGUGUCUUUGGUGUCUCUGCCUCAACGGGCAAGACUACCAUUCUUGCCACUUUCCCUGGCACGCCUGCCUAUCUUCACUCCUUGCUCAUCACCGAGGACUACGUUCUACUCUGUGUGUGGAACGCGCAUAUAGACCCGCUGUCACUCGCAGGCAAGUCCUUUAUGGACGCGAUCCUUCCAACCGAUCCCUCUCUGCCGGCAACCUGGUACGUCGUGGACAGAAAACACGGAAACGGCUUGGUUGCAACAUACGAAAGCCCGGCUUUCUUUUGCUUCCACACCAUCAAUUCCUGGCAGGAGCCGUCAAAGGAAGACCCAACAAAGACAGAUAUUGUCGCAGACUUGGUCAGAAUGGAUGGUAUGGAGUUUAUGUCCUCCCUCUACUACGAUAACCUGAUUUCUUCGCGCUCCACCGCCAAAGAAUUCGCGGCGAAGAGAGGAGAUGCGCUUCGUUCAACUAUUACCCGUUUUCGCCUGCCGGCCUUACCAUCCUCCCCAAGCUCUGAUAUUCUCAAGGCUACCGUUGAAUGGUCCACCUGCAAGUCUCUCUCGCCCGAGCUACCUACUAUAAACUCAUCACUUGUCACGAAGAAACACCGCUACGUCUACUCAACCACUUUCCGGGGAGCGGCCACUUUAACUGAUGGUAUCAUGAAAUUUGAUUGCGAGACCCAGGAAUCCCGUUUAUGGGCGCAUCAUGGCCACUCGCCCGGCGAGGCUAUCUUUGUGGCUAAUCCCGAGGGUGUGAGCGAAGAUGAUGGUGUUCUUCUGAGUGUUGUUCUUGAUGGUAUGGCAGGGAACAGCUAUCUGCUGUGCCUUGAUGCCCGCGACCUCACUGAACUUGGUCGGGCCCAUGUUAAAGGUGUUGUUGGCUUUGGCUUCCAUGGACAGCAUGUCCCCACUGUAGGCUUGCCAACUGGUGAUUACUAG